GCUCUGAUUGUGGACCAGCUGAGCAUGAGGAUGUUGUCAUCCUGCUGCAAGAUGACAGACAUCAUGACAGAGGGCAUCACCAUUGUGGAGGACAUCAUGAAACGACGAGAGCCACUGCCGAGCCUGGAGGCCAUUUACCUGAUUACACCCACAGAGAAGUCUGUCCACACCGUCAUUGCAGACUUCAAAGACCCUCAUUCAUCUAAAUACAAGGCAGCCCAUGUUUUCUUCACUGACUCAUGCCCCGAUCCUCUCUUUAAUGAGCUGGUGAAGAGCCGGGCUUCCAAAGUCGUCAAGACUCUGACGGAGAUCAACAUCGCCUUCUUGCCCUACGAGUCUCAGGUGUAUUCUCUGGACAAUCCAGAUGCCUUUCACAGUUUCUACAGCCCUCAUAAGACCCAGCUGAAGAACCCAGUGAUGGAGAGGCUGGCCGAGCAGCUGGCGACGCUCUGUGCCACCCUGAAAGAGUAUCCUGCUGUCAGAUACCGAGGGGAGUACAAGGACAACGCCACCCUGGCCCAGCUGGUUCAGGACAAACUUGAUGCAUACAAGGCUGAUGACCCCACCAUGGGAGAGGGUCCGGAUAAGGCUCGCUCACAGCUGAUCAUUCUGGAUCGGGGAUUUGACCCCGUCUCACCUGUCCUGCACGAGCUCACCUUUCAGGCUAUGGGCUACGACCUGCUGCCCAUUGAAAAUGACGUCUACAAAUAUGAGACCAGCGGCAUCGGAGACUCGCGUGAGAAAGAGGUCCUUCUGCAUGAAGACGAUGACCUGUGGGUGAGCCUGAGACACAAACACAUAGCUGAGGUGUCCCAGGAAGUGACACGCCAGCUGAAAGACUUUUCUUCCAGCAAGAGGAUGAACACCGGAGAGAAGACCACGAUGAGGGAUCUCUCCCAGAUGCUGAAGAAGAUGCCUCAGUACCAGAAGGAGCUCAGCAAGUACUCCACUCACCUGCAGCUGGCUGAGGAUUGCAUGAAACAUUACCAGGGAACAGUGGACAAACUUUGCCGUGUGGAACAGGAUCUGGCUAUGGGCACAGAUGCUGAGGGAGAGAAGAUCAAAGAUCCCAUGAGGGCCAUUGUGCCCAUACUGCUGGAUGCCAAUGUCAGCACAUAUGACAAGAUCCGAAUCAUCCUGCUUUACAUUUUCCUUAAGAACGGCAUUACGGAGGAGAACCUCAACAAGCUGAUCCAGCAUGCUCAGAUCCCCCCCGAGGACAGUGAGAUCAUCACCAACAUGGGUCACCUGGGCGUCCCCAUCAUCACAGAUUCCACCCUCCGCAGAGGGAAAAAGGUCGACAGGAAGGAGCGUGUGAGCGAGCAGACCUAUCAGCUGUCCCGCUGGACACCACUGAUCAAGGACAUCAUGGAGGAUGCUAUUGACGAUAAACUGGACACCAAGCACUAUCCUUACAUCUCUACCCGCUCCUCUGCCUCCUUCAGCACCACUGCAGUCAGUGCUCGGUACGGCCACUGGCACAAGAACAAGACACCCGGAGAGUACCGCACUGGGCCACGUGUCAUGGUAUUCAUUAUCGGCGGCGUGUCUUUCAGCGAAAUGCGCUGCGCCUAUGAGGUCACACAGGCCAAUGGGAAGUGGGAAGCCAUCAUUGGAUCGACCCACAUCUUCACUCCCACCAGCCUGCUGGAGCAGCUCAAGGCCAUGAACAAACCAGACGAGGAAGUGACGAGCUAAAAAUCCUCCAAUCAGUCUCUCUCCUCUUAACCUCCCCCCCCCCCCCGCACAUCAUUCCCAACCAAAUCCUACACAUUAACUGUGUAUGCAUCUUGCUUGAGAAGAGAAAAAAUUUAGACAAUUAAAAAAACAAAAGAGAUACGUUAUAUCAAAGAAUAAAAUUGUUGCAAGUAUUCUCAUAUUUUACAAUGGAUGCAACUAAAUAAACGUAUUUAAAAUUAAUUAAAUAUCAGAAAAGAAGGCCAUUUAAAAUUGAAAUGACCAAAAUGUAAUAUUGUAUGCUAUGAAACCUGCUAGGAUGUGUAAAAGGUAGAUGAUUUCUCUUGUUCAUUUCUUUCGGUUAUCUCCAUGGUGUGACUUUUACCUUUAGCAGAUAGAGGAGGGAUGUGCAGCCUGAGGGGUUCAUAUUGUAAAAAAUAUAUCAGUCACCAUGCAAUUUAUAGAUAUAUGCAUAGAUAUAUUUCAUCAGAGAGGAGUCUGUCCUAUCACCCUUCCCUUACCCAUUUGAGAUGUUCGUAUUCAGUAGCAUGCUUCGACUGUGUUUGUAUCCAGUGUGGAUGUUCCGAGAGCCGCAUGUAAAUGUUGUGGUUGAAUAUGGCGCUUAAAAAAUACUUUUUGUUUUGAGCAUCACAAAAAGGAAACUAUUCUUCAAGGAUUUUUAAGAGUUUAAGAGACAAUUUCACUGGCCGCUUUAUUAGGGAUACCUUUCUCACUGCUUAUUAACACAAAUGUAUUGCUAGUAGGUCAUAUGGCAGACGCUUGAUGCAUGUAGGCAUGGUCAAGACGGCCUGCUGAAAUUCUGGCAGCAAAAGGGGUCCAAACCUGUGUCAGCAAGGUGUGACUAAUGAAGUGGCCGCUGAGUUUGUAUGCUCAAGUAAACUUGGUCCCAGCUACUGAGCUUACAGGCUAGCAGAGAAGAAAGUAGAAAGUGUUCAGGGAUGUAUUGAUUUUUGAGUUUUUGAUACUCAAAACAAGAUCUGUUGGUUUUAAGUAUUCAUUUUAAGAGCUCCACUUAGUCAGUCGGAAAAGAGGGAGCUCUGUUAGAAGCCAGAAUCAUCCCUCCUCCAGCUGCCGAGACUGUAAAGUAUUUACUUGCCACAAUCUUUUUCCUUUCCUCUGCAGAGACGUCACGUUUCAAUGUCAAAAAGGCCAUUGCUUGCUGAUAUUUAAUAAAUAAUCCUCCAAAAAGGGCCAGUUGUAUUUCAGUAUUGUAUCCUGUCAGAUUAAGUCUUAUCAUUGGUUAGUAACGAUGUUUAAUUGGGCCAUGCACUGAGUAGUGUUGUGUAUAUGCUAUAUGUUGCUGUUUUAGCGUCUCACUGUUGAAUGGUGAUUUUUUCUGACUGUGAAGUAGUGACUUUUCCUUUGACGAAAAAACAAAACAAAAAAAAAAAGCCAAUGUGAAGCCGCCGUGUUUGUGGUGUUUUAGCUGUAGCUGUUUAGUGGUCCACUGGGAAAAAGAACUAAGAUCUAUAUUUUCUUUGUCUGUUUUCCUCCUCUGGUGCAAUGUAAAACCCUCCAAUGGUGAAUGGCUUUGCAAGUUUAAAAAACAAAACAAAGAAAAACCCUGGAAACCCCUCGCCACUUUUCUUUCCUCCUUCUAUUGCCUCUUUCCUGGCCAAACAGUUGUAUAUUGCACUAUGAUGCGUUUUCUGUGAUGCAAACGCUUGUGUUUAUUUUUUCUUUUCUAUUAUAAUUUGCUGUUGUAUAGGGUUUACGCUGUCAAAUCAGUUGAUUUAUAUCAAAAUUAUUUAUCAGAGAAGAUAAUAUUGAAACAUUAGUCUGUCCAAAAAACUGUUUAACUUAUUGGGAUUGUAUGUUUGCGAGUGUUGAAGCACAAACAAUACUUCCAUGUGUACCUAAUAUGUACUAAGGUUGUCUAAUAAAUUGGCUUCCAUUAUACUGAAA